GGGUGUUAUCAAAUUAGGGUCACACUGGGUAAAAACCAAAACAACGUGCUGCGGAAUUAAAUUUGAAGUCUUCUGCUUUUCUGUUUGUUAAGAGCUUUUAAAAAUGCCCCAGGGAAAAUUUAAAAAGGCAAAGCUGCCGGCAUCUAUCCAGAAAAAGAAGAACCAAAAACAGGCUGCCUUUACCCGCCGUUCAAAUGCCCCAAUUCAGGCGAAAAAGGCUAAGUUCAAUGAAACCCAGAAGAUCAAGUCAGUCAUCUCGAAGUCGGUCAACAAAAGUGUGGAGAGCGAACUCCGAUCUCGUGCCCACGAAGGAUACAUCCAGUUGAGCAAGGCGCAGGAAGCAGUGGCCAAACACCACGCCUCCCAGGCUAAAGCAGCCGCGGCGGCCAGUACUUCCAAAUCCACAGAAUAGUUAAGAACCCUUAGACCUAAAUAGAUUGUUGAAAACCUAAUCACUUGUUUAUUUUGUAGUAAAAGUUUUAGAAAUUA